AGACUUUUGUUGGUAGAGAGUAGAGUUCAAUUUGGAUUAAAGAAUUGGGCGGUCGCUUGUGACCAAUAAUAUUUAACUCUAUAAUUUAACAGGCUGUGAUCCUCUGUUGAAACCACGUGUUUUUAUCAAAGUUGUGAAUAUACUCCGUAAAUAGAUCCAAUCCACACUCUGACUUUCAACUCUCAUAAUCACAAGUCAGAAAGAAGAUUAAAAGAAGACGAUGAUUUCCAAGCGAAGUCACUGGAACAACAAGAAAGCCUUCUCGUUAUUUUAAAACUUAGCUAAUUCCCACCUUCUUCCUAUAAAUUAAUAUACCUUUCAACCAAUUCUUUACAUUCACAUUCAAUUCUGUUUUAUAUUCGGUUCUGUUUAUCUUUAUAGUUGUUUGGAUUUGGAUUUGGAUUUUGGCCAUGGCUAUGGAGGAGGAUGGUGUAAUUGAUCAAAAACCAGCGGCGCCGUCACCUCCAACGCCGGUGGAGUUUAAAGGGACGGAUUCUGGUUCUUUGCUUCACACCGUAGUAGCGCUGGUCCUAUGGCUUGGCUCUAUCCAUUUCAACUUCAUAAUCGUUCUUGCUUCCUUUGUCUUUCUUCCUUUCUCUAAAGCUCUCGCAGUGAUAGGAAUAUUGCUUAUACUUAUGCUGAUUCCAAUUGAUGAGAAAAAUAAACGGGGGCGAAGAUUAUCGAGGUACAUAUGUAAGCAUGUUUGUGGUUAUUUUCCGGUGCAUUUGUACGUGGAGGACAUCAAAGCAUUUGAUCCUAACGAGGCCUACGUUUUUGGAUAUGAGCCACAUUCUGUUUGGCCAAUUGGGGUGGUUGCGCUUGCUGACCUUACUGGUUUCAUGCCUCUCCCAAGAAUCAAAGUGCUAGCAAGUACAGCUGUGUUCUAUACACCAUUCAUGAGGCAUAUCUGGACGUGGUUAGGACUUGCACCUGCAACGAGGAAAAGUUUUAAAUCCCUCUUGGCUUCUGGUCACAGUUGCAUCAUUGUGCCAGGUGGAGUUCAAGAGGCAUUCUAUAUGGAGCGUGGUUCCGAGAUUGCCUAUCUUCAAAGAAGAAAAGGAUUUGUACGCAUUGCCAUGGAGAUGGGCAAACCACUGGUUCCUGUAUUCUGUUUCGGCCAGUCUGAUGUCUACAAAUGGUGGAAGCCAAGCGGGAAAUUGUACUUGGAAUUCUCUAGGCUCAUUAAGUUCACUCCAAUACUUUUCUGGGGCGUCUUGUGUUCUCCCAUACCGUUUCAGCGACCCAUGCAUGUUGUAGUUGGUAGGCCCAUUGUGCUCAAGAAAAAUCCAGACCCUACUGCCGAAGAGGUCGCUGAAGUGCAUAGUCGGUUUAUUGAAGCACUAGAACAACUCUUUGAAAGGCACAAGAAGAGGGUUGGUUAUGAUGAUCUCCCGCUGAGAGUUCUUUAAUGCUUGUCACUUGGCUGUACUGCUUAUUAUGUGUAUCUAUUCUUCAGCAGGGUAAAUUUGUAUAAAAGGAUUUGUUCCUUUCUUUUCUUGCUUUCUCUCUCUUGUGUGUGCAUGUAACUGUAUGCUUGUGCAUGUCUUGAAGAGAAGGAGAUGGGAAAGAAAUAAAUGGAAGUUGUAGUUUCGCCC